CUAAUUCAUCGAUCCGUCACGUCCCCUCGCCCUGCCCGUUGGUGCUAGUGACACUCACCUGUCUCUCGCGCCUCGACAAUCCGCGAAAGCGGUGCGUUGGCUCCGAGUCUCUCGUUCUCGGUGUUCGGUUUCAGGGCGAGCUCGACGCGUCGGCUCUUGGGCAACAUAAACACCACAAUCUUUAAGAUCGAAUAAAAUGAGGCCUUUCGCUGUUUCAACGCCGUGAACAUCCGCGGCAGGCCGUACUUGCGACUUGCGGAGCUGCACACCGCACUGCAAGCCGUGUCCGCCAACCCGGUUUUCGAUCAACUCCGGUCGAAGAGUCACAGCUUCUUCCUAUGGAUUGCAAAAAUGUCUUGCAACUUGUCAUGCUGUCUUUGGAUUCCAAAAAAAUCUGUAUUGCGUGACCAGCAACAGGACUCCAGUUUGUGUUACGCGGAGAGGGCAUUUCUCAUGCGGAAUAGGCAUCAGCAAGCCCUGUAAAAAUCUGUGAUGCUAGAUCAUGCAUUACAUGCGUCGUGGAUCAUACGAAAGAUGCAUCACAAAUUCCGGAAUCUUCCAGACCCAGACUACAUUUUUACACUCGAUACUUCCCCUUGCUGUGCAAGGCGUUUCUGAACGCGUCCGCUAACCGGGACCAACAGUGCUCCGCAGCGGACUUCGAAUCCUUGUUGGAGUCCUUGUCCCUGACCCAGUUGGACGCCACGAACAUUUUCCGGGCGUUCGUGCAAAACGACUUUGCGAGUCUGGACGUGUGGAGCUUCAUCAACUUGAUCCUCGGAGCUUUGUGUCCGUCGUUAAUCCUGGAGGAGUUUCUGAACAACGAUUUGUUGUGUGAAACCCUGCAGAAUUUAGCCACCUGGUACUACAAACCGUUCAACUUUGAGGAGUUUUUGAAUAUGUGCCAAAACUGUGGGAUUUACGACAAGCGCGCGGUCCAGCUUUGCUUUUUGUUUCUGGACGUGGACAACAGUGAGCAGGUGUUUGCGCGAGAAAUUCUCACCGCGUUCCACAUCAAGCGGCAGCUGGCGCCGGGCGGCUCGGAAAAGAGCAGUAGUAGCAGGAAAAGACAGGGUACUUGCCGACAGUUGAAGGAAGUUGUUUUUUCUUAUUUGAAUGACAGAAAAUCAGGCAGCACUAUACAUAGGAAGUUUUCGAACCUCGUUGUGUGCAAAGAAUGCGAAGUCCGGUAGUUCAAACUGUGCAGCUCUGAAUAACUGCAUUAAAUAAACCUGCUCAGGUCAAACCAACCGCGCACGGCAGAUGAUUGCCGAGUCGCUAGGCAAACAAUUUGCCGGGUGUUUUGCCAAGGCGGAUCUGCUGAAACGGGUGGUGAAAGCGCCGUGGUCUGCUUCGGAGCAGGAAGCGGUGCAGGGCGGUUUCAAGACGCUUAAACGAAUCCAGACCGGAAUUCCCGUACCAAAACCGAAGAGAAAGGACGAGGACGAAGACGCCCCCCCGCCCAAACCCGGGUUCCGGAGGCGCAGGAAACUCGCCCCGUCCUCCGAGAACGCACCCGCGCCGGCGCAAAGCACCAUGAGCAGCAGCGAACCCUACCUUGGGAAAGUGGAAGCGCUGCCCGCGGAGCUGCUGCACAGCGACCUCAUUUUCAAUCUGGAGGAGUACGCGAGAUCGAAAAACGUGAUCCAGAAGCAGCACACGUCGUUAAUAACGGAGUGCGGGUCCAGGGACAUGCUGGAGCUCUAUUUCUUGGGCAACAAGCUGCGGACCUGAAAAGCAUGAAGUGCUGUUCCUUCGCUGACUUGCGGUCGUGAGAAAAAGUGCUGGACUUCUUAUUUGUGUGUAUCUGUAAAUGUAGACCACCUGGUCUCCGUCGGUACAGAAGUACUUAACGGGAUGGUACUACCACUACUAUGCUCGUACAGGCUAAAUAAAAGUAUGUACAAUAAUGUUUCGGUUUCAUCAACAUCCGUGCUUUGUUUAGUACUCAAAACGUAUGCAAUGAACUAGAACUUGUGCUGCUUGCGAAGAAAUCAGAACGAGGUUUCUUACCCCUAAGCUAGGCAACAGUUAUCUUCACCAAGACCAAAAUUGUAACAAUCCAAUCUCAAACACAAAGACAAACUCAAUCUCUUCAAGAACCAAGACCAAGAUUACUAUACCAAUUCGUAGACCCGAUGCAAAUUCUGGACUGGAUUUUUGACGAUAAUCCGUAAACUCCAGAAGUAGUUGCUGCAAGACAUCGCAGACAGCAGCUUUUGCUUACGAGGGAACUAAACUUACUUACAUCGACCGUGCUGCUCCGCACGCCACAAUGCUGAACUGAUAGCGACAUACAUUUUAAGCCUGAAC